AGUUUUGAUCUAAACUACGUCUCGUGUUAUUGGUAAAAAAGGUAGUUCGUUGAAAACCUUGUUUGUAAUUCGUUGAAAAAGUAGUUCCUUCUUCAGUUGAUGUUCUAGUUGACAACCAUACGGAUACAUUUAACUUUUCUCCAGUCAGCUUUGCCAUGGAUCGAAAAGGAAAGCAAACAGAGACCAAAGCAAAAACGGAUUCUAGAGGGCGCGGUAGAGAACGUCAUAAUCAUGAUGUCGAAGAGAUGGAUACAAGCCCUAUGGACACAGAAAAUCCGCAUGGCCAUUGUCAUCCGGGAGAGCUGGCCCAAAGACAACACCAGUUACAACGUUCUGUUGAAGCGAGCAAACAAAUGUUGUAUGGUGUUUUCGGCAAUGUGAUUACGAUACUUGAAGAGUAUGAGCGAAGGGAGCUUGCAAAAUAUAGAAUGGAACACAACAUGCCGAAGUCUGAUAUAUACAUUCCAGAUCAGACGCACAAAAACUUUGAAGACAUAAAAAGCAAUGUUGAUACCCAGCUGCUGCUUUUUGAGACCCAAACAAAAGCGUGCCCACCUGAAGCAUUAGCGGAGGUUCUCGAUGAACUAAAACGUCGAACGUUAGCAUGGUCCGCAGUAAGACAAGAGAUGGGAAUAAAGGAAAUUCAGCAAACGGAUUAUUAUAUGUCAAAAUUGUACGAAAUCCUCGCCAAAGGGGCAACAAAUCAUGGGCCAGUUGAGAGCCAAGAAGUCACAGAGGGAGUCAUGAAAGAAUCAUUCCAGGCAAUUAUGUACGGUGAUCAUGACAGGGCUGAACUGGACAGGGAAUUUAAGAAUAACCCAGAUAAAAAAGCAACCGGACCAAAUACAAGAAGCAGUGAAAUGUUGCAGGAUGGUGCAAGCAGACUGUCGCGUGCCCGUGGAAAUCAAGAACUCGAUGGUUAUCUUAAAGAAGAUGUGAACAAGUUUCAAGGUCACGGUCCAGAAGAUCUGAAAUAAAUUGAGACCGGAAAAUCAGUCCUUUAUAAACAUUAAAAUAACAUUCGAAGUUUAUACCCCUGUGUUUUAUAAUACGACAAUGCUUGACUACUCUUAUAUUGGUGUUUUAUACAAGCUGUUAUGCUACAAAAGUGAUAGCAAAUUUGCUAAUCUAAAAGGCAAAUCAAUGUAAAAAUGUUUAAUAAAGAAUUAAAAACGA